UGGAAGGACGUAAACUUGAACUCUCCGCGCGCACACGCGCGUUCAUAUUUGUUGUCUUGUUUGUGUUUGCGGAUCUAACGGUGUCCGAUGCGCGUAUAUAAUUGCGGCGGCGGGGCGGCCAAACCGCGCGCCUUUUAAUCAUUCACACGACGCUCGGCGGCCGUGAAGCAACAGCAACACUACACCAGCAGCCGCGUUCGUGUCGUGUGGUCGUAGUUCUAUAAAUUGUUCUAUGUUCAGACUCGCGCGUGUACAUAUCCCCUGGAAUUUGUUGCUAUAUUACGACGCUCGACGCACCGCAUUGUGAUCAGCGCGCGCGAGUGAUUCACGCGCUGCCAAACAUGAUUGACGUAUGAUUAUCUAAAAACCAAACGAAAUUAUCCGGAAAAUUCGCGAAAUUCAAGUGCCACCCGCCAUAGACAGAGUCGACAAAAUGGCUGACAGUAAACUCGGUAAAUUCGGCUUGUUAAUGUGGAAGAACUGGAAAUUACAGCUACGACAUCCGGUGCAAACACUUUUUGAGAUUCUGGUACCGGUUUUCUUCUGCGCCAUCUUGGUUUUAGUCCGGUCAUUAGUUGAAAGUGAAGAAAUCCAAGAAGUGCAUUAUCCUGAAUUCUCUCCGUAUGAAAAUAAUACAUUAAGCCGGUAUAAAAUUGCGUUUGCUCCCAAUACAUCGAAUGGCGUCAACAAUCUGAUGCAGGAUGUAACGGAAAUGAUAGUAAAAUGCCGGCCGGACUGUGAAAACGUAACCAACAUAAUGAAAGGAUUUGCAACAGCACAAGAAUUAGAAAACUAUUUGGUAUCAACACCAUCGAAGAGAGUAGGAAUUGUAUUUCCGGCUUCAUACGCAAACAUGGUGGAUAUUCCUCGGAAAGUUGACUUUACACUCAGAUUUCCAUCUGAAUUACAAUCGACAUUUAGUCCCGUGACUGUGUUAACAUGGAGAACAAAUUUACUUUAUCCUUUAAUUCAAGAAGCUGGUCCACGUGAAAGAUUUACCAACACCACAGCGCAACCUUAUUAUUACGCGGAGAAUUUCCUGGCACUGCAAAGUUACAUCUCGCAGGCAAUCGUGGAGGCGAAAUCUGGCGCCGGAUUGGCGCCCAGCCAGCCGGAAGUUACCAUGCGUCGCUUUCCUUAUCCCGCAUUCAUCAACGAUCUGUUGAUGCUCGUGAUGCGCGAUAUGAUUGGUUUAAUUAUUGUACUAGCCUUCGAGUACACGGCCAUUUCAAUCAUCAAGGUCAUCACUACCGAAAAGGAGAAACAAUUGAAGGAAUCGAUGAAGAUUAUGGGACUCCCCGGUUGGUUACAUUGGACGGCAUGGUUCGUUAAGUCGCUGCUUUUCAUGCUCAUCUCAAUCAUCAUUAUGGUAACGCUGUUUAAGAUCAGCGCGUGGUAUGAUGAGGGCAUUCCCCCUGUUCUACCAAAAUGCAGCAUUGCUUUGUUGUUGAUAUUCUUGGUACUCUACGCCAUUGCUACAAUAACAUUAUGUUUUGCAAUUAGUGUAUUCUUUACAAAAGCCAACAUGGCGGCUGGUAUUGGAGGUGUGCUUUUCUUUCUUUUCUUGGUACCGCAUACGAUACUUAGAAAGAACUAUCAAGAAUUAGCACUGUCUACGAAAUUAUCUGCGUCGUUGAUGUCAAAUACAGCAAUGGCGUAUGGUUUUCAAUUAAUCUGUAUGUUUGAAAGCACCGGGGAAGGAUUACAAUGGUAUAACUUGUUCCGUCCGGUCACUCCGGAUGAUAAUCUAGCAAUGGCGCAUAUUUUACUCAUGCUGGUUGUGGACAGUAUUAUUUAUUUAUUGAUUGCGCUUUAUGUGGAAGCCAUUUUCCCCGGAAGAUAUGGAGUGGCCAAAAAAUGGAACUUUAUAUUUUCGUGGAUGUAUAAGAAAAACGGAAAAAUUAGAAAUCAGCUCCCUGAGGAUGGUAAUUCAGAUCCAACUAGAUAUGAAGAGGAACCAAAGGAUAUGAAACCUGGAAUUGAUAUUCGUGGCCUCACUAAAAUCUACGAAAAAGAAAAACGCGCUGUGAAUAAUAUUUUUUUACGAAUGUACGAAGGGCAGAUCACAGUUCUGCUUGGACACAAUGGUGCUGGUAAAACUACCACAAUGUCAAUGCUUACCGGCAUGGAGAAUCCGUCUUUUGGUACGGCGGUUGUCAACGGAUAUGACCUGCGUACGCAAAUAGGAAAAGUGCGACAGAGUUUAGGGCUUUGUCCACAACAUAAUAUACUCUUUGACGAACUCACAGUUGCUGAGCAUAUAUAUUUCUACAGUCGAUUGAAAGGCAUGCCCGCUAAUGAAAUAGAAGGCGAAAUAACUCAUUAUCUCAGACUUCUGCAAUUAGAAGAUAAAAGGGAUAAAAGAUCAGCAACACUUUCCGGUGGAAUGAAACGUAAAUUAUCUGUUGCUGUGGCGUUUUGUGGAGGAUCAAAAGUUGUUAUGUUGGAUGAGCCUACAGCUGGAAUGGACCCAGCUGCUAGAAGAGCGUUAUGGCAAUUGGUGGAAUCACAGAAAACCGGAAGGACUGUUAUGUUGACUACACACUUUAUGGACGAGGCUGAUUUAUUAGGUGAUAGAAUUGCUAUUAUGGCUGGUGGGGUUUUACAGUGUUGUGGGUCGAGUUUCUUCUUGAAGAAGCGUUAUGGUGCUGGAUACCAUUUAAUUAUUGAAAAACUGCCAAGUUGCGAUGUGAGUAAAGUUACGGAUACUGUAAGGCAACACAUUCCACAUGCACAUGUUGAAUCGAAUAUUGGUUCCGAGUUGACUUAUCUACUCAAUGAAGAGGACGCAUUUAGAUUUGAACCUAUGUUGUUGCAAAUUGAGAGUAAUUUAGAUGAUUUAGGAAUAGGAAGUUAUGGAAUUUCUUUGACUACACUUGAAGAAGUAUUUAUGAAGGUUGGAGCUGACAGUACAUCACUAUCCGCGCAGAAAGCACGUUUGAAAGAUGGCGACGGUGAUGGUAAACCCAUUACAAAUGGUACAUCGAAUGGUAUUGAACGAAAUCCAUCAGAAACACGCCUUGAUGUUGGGGGACAUAAACAACUUUCCGGUUGCGCUCUGCGAAUGAAUCACAUCCGCGCCAUGUUUAUGAAGCGAGCACUAACAACAAUUCGUUCCUGGCCAUUAUUUGUUGUCCAAUUACUAAUACCUAUUUUACUGUUGAUAUUUGCAAUUCAAUCUGGUAAAAAAUCAGCAAUCAAGGAACUACCAUCUUUACCAAUCCAACUUAAAGUUUAUCACGAGUCUGUGACGCUUGUACAACGCGAUGGAGAUACUGACACAUAUAAAGCAGCAACCAAUUGGUUGGCCAACAGCGGACUAAAAUCUAAACCAGUUGAGAGUAUUAGUAAAUACAUAUUAAAACUAACAGCGGAUGAACCAGGGAAAGUUCGAAUGUCGUACGUAAUCGCCGGAGAAUUCGCCAAAAACAAACUUGUCGGUUGGUUUAACAACGAUCCGUACCACACGCCGCCAUUGGUUUUGAACUUCAUCUACAACUCAAUACUUAAAUCCAUCAAUCCGGAGUAUGAAAUUACGGUGAACAACUUUCCACUACCAUUAUCUGUUAAUUCAACGUUUAGAUUAUUGCAACAAGGCAAUAAUAUGGGUUUCCAACUUGCAGUGAAUGUAGGAUACUGCAUGACAUUCAUUUCAGCGUUUUACAUCCUUUAUUACAUCCGAGAGCGAAUUUGCAAAGUGAAACACUUGCAGUUUGUGUCUGGUGUAAACAUUAUCAUAUUUUGGUCGGUGUCUUAUCUUUGGGAUUGGUUCACGUACCUGUUGACAAUACUUGCGUUGCUUGUGACAUUGAUUUGUUUUCAAGAAGAUGGCUAUCGCACCGUUCAAGAUAUCGGUAACCUUACGGUUAUUCUUUUAUACUUUGCAUUCGGCAUGUUUCCUAUUAUCUACUUACUCUCGUUUUGGUAUGCGUUACCAUCGACUGGAUUUACACGUGUUAUACUCUUCACAACAAUAUUAGGCACAUUUGCGUUUAUGGUGGUUGAAAUAUUAAACUUUGAGGCUUUGGAAUUGCAAGACAUUGCCAGGAUUCUCGACUGGAUAUUUAUGUUUAUUCCACAUUAUGCACUUACCAGUGGAAUACGUAAUACAAAUCUAGAGUAUCUCCGGUAUACUACAUGUAGGAAAGCUGUGCAAAUCUGCGUGAAAGCUGGUUUCGAUGAAGAUUUUUGCUGGGAGUUUAUUUCGAAACAACAGCAUCAAUGCACAGAACGAACUGAACAUUAUUUCACAUGGGCUAAACCUGGUAUUCUUCGGAAUAUCAUCAUUACUUUGCUGGUAGGCAUCGUAUGCUUGAUCAUUCUACUUCUGAUCGAAUUCAAAAUGUUCGAUAAAGUGAUUUAUGCGUUGCAAGGAAAAAAGAAAUACGAUCCGGAUGAUGAGGAUGAAGAUAAUGAUGUUGUCGCUGAACGUAAACGAAUACAAGAGUUAUCCUUAGAUGAGAUUAGUAAUUAUAAUCUGGUAGUGCGUAACAUGACUAAAUACUACAAGAAGUUCCUUGCGGUGAAAGGAUUGUGCCUAGGAGUAAAUCGGUAUGAAUGUUUUGGUUUACUAGGCGUAAACGGCGCUGGUAAAACAAGUUCUUUCCGAAUGAUCACUGGUGAUACAGAUAUCUCAUCUGGUGAUGUCUUCGUGAAAGGACUAAACUUAAAGUACAACAUAAAAGAAGUAUAUAAACAAAUUGGAUACUGUCCACAGUUUGACGCAUUGUUUGAUGACCUCACAGGUCGUGAAACAAUCAGAGUAUUUUCAUUAUUGAGAGGCUUUGAACGCUCUGAAUGUGAUUUUAUCGCUGAAAACUUAGCGAAAGAACUAGAUUUUUAUCAACAUCUUGAUAAAAAGGUCCGCCAGAUGAGUGGUGGAAACAAAAGGAAGCUAAGCACUGCUGUUGCAUUAAUCGGAGACCCGCCUAUUAUAUAUCUGGAUGAACCAACAACAGGAAUGGAUCCUGCAACAAAACGUCACCUAUGGAAUACAUUGUGUAAAAUCCGUGACGAAGGUAAAUGCCUGAUAUUAACUACGCAUAGUAUGGAAGAAUGUGAAGCGCUGUGCACACGAUUGGCAAUCAUGGUCAACGGACAGUUCAAAUGUAUCGGAUCAACGCAACACCUCAAGAGUAAAUUCUCGCGUGGUUUUACGUUAAUCCUAAAAAUACGUAAACAAUCAUUCAUCGGAGAUGCUUCAGUAACACGAGUCGCUGAAUUCGUGCAGCAACACUUCCCGUCCGCUGAACUACGCGAACAGCAUCAAGAAAUGAUAACGUAUUACAUUGCGGACGCCGGUAUGCCAUGGUCGCGGAUGUUCGGCAUCAUGGAGAACGCGAAAAUCUCACUGGAAAUUGAAGACUACUCUAUUGGCCAAACAAGUUUAGAACAGGUUUUCUUGAAGUUUACACAACAGCAAAAUUAAUCGCAUUCGUCGUGUGUGUGCUAGCUUCGAACCAAACAAACAAGUGUGAUGAAAUUCAAUGUGAUUGUUCAUUCCUAUAUUUUGUACAUUUUUGUGAUAUUUAUAGAGUUGCCGUGUGCUACUGCGAGGCCUUUAAUGUACUUUUAAACUCAGACUGGAAUCACAUCUAGCAAAAUUUACCUAGCAAAUUAAUUUAAACUUACAAAUAAAAACGUUACCGUUG